UUGACCUGUCAUAUCACUUUAGUAACUUCGUUUCAAGUAUUUUACAACAUUAUAAUUUGUCUAAAUACUACUAGAUUCGAAAGUUUUGCGCUUUUUGCAUGUGAUUAUAGUUACCAGCUAAAUAUUGUAGCAAAACGUUCAUACGUAUCUUUGAUGUGUUAAAAUCUCGUAAUCAUUUAACUUAACCAAUUACAACUUUCACUUAUUACGACGACUAGAAACUAAAAUAAAAAUCAUAUAAAUCAAUUUAAUUGGGCGACGCUCCGUCGAGGAAUACCAAAUUCAAAAUGGUCAGAGUGUAUGCACUAGGAGUUCUCUACAAAGGAGUUAACAGCGCUACUGUGCUGAAAGCAGCAUAUGAUUUGCAGAGCUUUAGUUUCUUUCAACGUUCAUCUGUACAAGAAUUUAUGGUGUUUGUGAGUAAAACUAUAGUGGAAAGAACACAACAAGCUACUAGACAAUCAGUCAAAGAAGGUGAAUACAUGUUACAAGUUUAUGUCCGAGCAGAUAACCUCGCUGGGAUUUUAAUAUCGGACCACGAGUACCCCAAUAGGGUAGCUCACACAUUAAUAACAAAAAUUCUGGAUGAAUUUACUGCUAAAGUGCCCACAAAUUUGUGGGCCACUGGUAAUGAAACUACUAUAGACUUUCCUGUUCUACCUCAGUAUUUGGCCAAAUACCAGAAUCCAAGAGAAGCUGAUGCUCUAACGAAGAUACAAAAUGACCUUGAUGAAACGAAAAUCAUUUUACACGAUACAAUUAAGGCUGUUCUUGAAAGAGGAGAGAAACUAGAUGAUUUAGUGGCUAAGUCUGACAGUUUGACAAUGCAUAGUAAAGCAUUUUAUAAGACCGCUCGUAAAACCAACAGUUGCUGUAGUUUCUGAGGUAUCUCACAUUCAUUACAAAUAUGCUGUUAAUAGAAAUGCCACACCUGGGUAAUAAUAAAACCAUCUAGUUUUUGUGUGUUAAAUUGAAAUGCUUCUAUGAAGAGUAGACUUGAUAUACUUUGACUAAAAUAGUUACUACUACAAUCUUACUAAUAUUGUAAAUGUGAAAACCUCGAUGGAUGGAUGUCUGUUAGCAGGUAACUCCAAAUGACUUAAUACAUUGAAGUAAAAUUUGAGACAGAGAUAAAUUAAGUGUCGUAGCAUUUGAAUUGGCUGCUUACUAAGAUUUUUUAAUUCUGUAUACCGUCUCAGGAAAAAUCUAGAUACUUACUACAUACUAUAUUAUUUAAAAAUAUACCAUAAAUUUGUAAACUCAUAUAUAGUAUCAUUGGUACCUUUACCUCUACUUGAUAAACUUUUAUAUAAGCAAUAUGAAACUUGUUAUAUAAGAUGACUUACUUUUAAAGAGUUAUGUAAUUAAAAAUAUGGUCAUUGAAUGGUUAGCUGCUAAUACUCUUCAUAUAAAAGUAAUGGCAAAUAAAAAGUAUUUAGAAAAUAUGACAGAAUCGUUGAGUCUUUUUUUUAAAGGUUGCCAAUAGUGAUGUGUUACUUAUUUAAAAUUGAUGAUCUGCAGCUCAGUUCACAUGAGUGAAUUAUUAAAAUUUGUACCUGCGUAGAGUUAUGAUUUAUGUUUCAAGCUGUGAACUGCGACUCACCAGGCAGAUGGUAGCUCAUUGUCUUACAUAGUGAUAGUAUAUUACCAACUGUGAGCUGCCAAUUUAAUUGUCGAACCACAGCUCAAUGAUUCAAGUCUCAUGAUCUUUUGAACUGGUUCAGAAUCGAUUUAUACAACUUCAUAGGUAAACUUAUAUAAAAACAGCCAAAACACUCACAUUUAUUUGUCUGGUGGCGGCACCAACUUUGUGUGAAGUGUUUAUGGGAGGUAGUGAUAAUUUUACAUAAGUUGGCCUGUCCUAAUGGACCCUCAUUUAAGCCAUUGUACAAAAUGAUGUGGUUAUCUAUGUUGUUUCAAAGUUAAUGGGAGUAAUGACUAAGGUUUUAUGUAUAAAUUUUUUGAAAGUGAAAACCCCAAAAUACAACCUAUCUAUUGAAAAGAGUUACAUCUUUUAUAAACUCUUUUAAGAAAUGUAUCUCUUUACAUCAAAAAUUAGGUAUUAUACAUAACCUAUGGGCAGUAUAUAUGUCUAAAUCACAUUAUAAUAUAAUCAUGUUUGAUUAUUGUUCCAUAUAAAUAAUGGGUAUUAUUUUUGAGAUAUGAUUUUUGGAAUGUGAUAUUUGAUGUAAUUACAUCGAGUAUUACAUUUUGAUUUAUUUUUAUUGUAUAGUUGAUGUUAGAUUUUGCUUGUACUUUAAUAUUUGUAUUUAAGAUGUUAGCAUGUUGUAUUUAAAAUAAAUUGUAGCUUAUAAUAAACAGGGCAAUAAAAUCACAUUCUUGUACAGUAUAUUCAUAUAAAGAUUUAUACUACUUUUAAUGGUGAAACAUAGCUUAAAAAUAUAGAAGAUAUUGUGCGUUUGUAGUUGUUAUUUAAAAACAUAAAUUUUGGUACAAAAUCUAAAAUCUAAAAGCUAAAUCUAAAAUUGAAUCUUAUAAACCAUAUUAGAGUUCUAGUAAGUUUAAUAUUAAAAAAUAACAAAUAAAGAUGUUUAUGUAAAAGCAAUUUAGAAGUAGUUAUGAAGUGAGCUUUGUUAUGUCUCGUGUAAAAUAUAUGUGCUUUUUACAAAUUUGUAAUUUUUCAAAUUGUCAGCUGUAAAAUAUAUUUUUAUAUU